CCAAGUUGACCAAAAGUUCCACAAUGGUUUCAAGGUCUUAUUCCAACUUACUUGACCUUACUUCUGGUGAUUCCCCAACUUUUGGCCGUGAGAAAAAGAGGUUCCCCCGAGUGGCAACUGUUGCUGGAGUAUUGUCUGAGCUUGAUGAUGAUAACAGUAAUAGUGUUGGAUCUGAUGCUCCGUCAUCCAUUGCUCAAGAACGGAUGAUCAUAGUGGGAAAUCAGCUUCCAAUUCGAGCCCAUCGAAGAGACGAUGGGGAGUGGUACUUUAGCUGGGAUGAGGAUUCGCUUCUUUUGCAACUCAAAGAUGGCCUUGGAGAAGAUGUAGAAGUAGUCUAUAUUGGUUGUCUUAAAGAAGAAAUUGACCUGAGUGAGCAAGAUGAUGUAGCCCAAACUUUGCUUGAUACUUUCAAAUGUGUCCCGGCAUUUCUUCCUCCUGAGCUUUUUAGUAAAUUUUAUCAUGGUUUCUGUAAACAACAUUUGUGGCCUUUAUUUCAUUACAUGCUUCCUCUAUCACCAGAUCUUGGUGGCAGGUUUGAUCGGUCUCUAUGGCAAGCUUAUGUUUCUGUGAACAAGAUAUUUGCAGAUAAAGUAAUGGAAGUGAUUAGCCCCGAUGAUGAUUUUGUGUGGGUUCAUGAUUACCAUUUGAUGGUUUUGCCAACAUUUUUGAGGAAGAGGUUUAAUAGGUUGAAGCUUGGAUUCUUUCUCCACAGUCCAUUCCCUUCAUCGGAGAUAUACCGGACACUUCCUGUAAGAGAUGAGCUUCUAAGAGCACUUUUGAAUUCUGACCUUAUUGGCUUCCAUACUUUUGAUUAUGCUAGGCACUUCCUAUCUUGUUGUAGUAGAAUGCUUGGCCUCUCAUAUCAGUCUAAGCGAGGAUACAUUGGGCUUGAGUAUUAUGGUCGGACUGUAAGCAUUAAGAUUCUUCCCGUUGGGAUACACAUACGCCAACUGCAAUGUGUGUUGAAUCUUCCAGAGACUGAAUCAAAAGUUGCUGAGUUGAAAGAUCAGUUUAGGGGGCAAACUGUUUUGCUUGGGGUUGAUGACAUGGACAUCUUUAAGGGAAUUAGUUUGAAACUUUUGGCCAUGGAACAAUUGCUUAUACAACAUCCUGAUAAGAGGGGUAAGGUUGUUUUGGUUCAAGUUGCUAACCCUGCAAGAGGCCGGGGGAAAGAUGUCCGGGAGGUCCAGGUAGAAACUGAUGCCACAGUGAAGAGGAUCAAUGAGACUUUUGGAAGGGAAGGAUACAAUCCCGUGGUUUUGAUUGAUACCCCACUUCAGUUUUAUGAGCGAAUUGCUUAUUAUGUAAUUGCUGAGUGUUGUCUUGUUACAGCAGUGAGGGAUGGGAUGAAUCUCAUACCCUAUGAAUAUAUAAUAUGCCGCCAAGGAAAUGAGAAGCUAGAUGAGACUUUAGGACUAAACCCAACAGCCCCUAAAAAAAGCAUGCUAGUGGUAUCUGAGUUUAUUGGGUGCUCUCCAUCACUAAGCGGGGCAAUUAGAGUUAACCCGUGGAACAUUGAUGCUGUUGCUGAAGCUAUGGACUCUGCCCUAAUGGUCCCUGAGGCAGAAAAACAGUUGCGGCACGAGAAGCAUUAUAGGUAUGUUACUACACAUGAUGUUGCAUAUUGGGCGCGUAGCUUCUUGCAGGAUCUUGAAAGGGCAUGUAGGGACCAUAUGAGGAGGAGGUGCUGGGGUAUUGGUUUUGGGUUAGGAUUCAGGGUGAUUGCUUUGGAUCCAAAUUUCAGAAAGCUCUCAGUUGAACAUAUUGUUUCAGCUUAUAAGAGGACCAAAAAUCGAGCGAUUCUUUUGGAUUAUGAUGGUGCUAUGAUGCUGCCGGGUUCGAUUAUUACCACUCCUAAUACAGAGGCUGUUGGAAUCUUGAACAAUUUGUGCAAUGAUCCAAGGAACGUUGUCUUUCUUGUUAGUGGGAAAGACAGAAAGACUUUAACUGAAUGGUUUUCUUCUUGUGCAAAGCUUGGGAUCGCAGCAGAGCAUGGUUAUUUUGUGAGGUCAAAUCAUAAUGCCGAAUGGGAAACUUGUGUCUCCAUUCCAGAUUUUGAUUGGAAACAGAUUGCUGAACCAGUAAUGCAGUUAUACACUGAAACAACUGAUGGUUCUACAAUAGAGACCAAAGAAAGUGCUCUUGUUUGGAAUUACCAAUAUGCGGAUCCGGAUUUUGGCUUCUGUCAGGCUAAGGAGCUUCUGGAUCACCUGGAAAGUGUUCUUGCCAAUGAGCCAGUUUCUGUCAAGAGUGGCCAGCACAUUGUAGAAGUUAAACCUCAGGGUGUCAACAAAGGCCUUGUAGCAGAACGUCUCCUCUUAACAAUGAAACAGAAAACAAUGCUUCCAGAUUUUGUUCUCUGUAUUGGGGAUGACAGGUCUGACGAAGACAUGUUUGAGGUAAUAAUGAGUGCAAGGGACUCUCUCUCUCCGGUGGCUGAAGUGUUUGCUUGCACUGUUGGCCAGAAACCCAGUAAGGCCAAGUACUACUUGGAAGACACAACUGAGAUUCUGAGAAUGUUACAGGGCCUUGCCAAUGCUUCGGAGAAGGCAGCCAAAAGUGCUCCACAACCUUCUCAGAGAGUGGUUAUUUUAGAAUAAAUAGAGUAUUCAUUGAAACCUCCACCAGGCCUGGGGUUCUUUUCAUGAGCAUAGGCAAUAUUGGUUCGGUGUGGUUGGAAUUAUGGAGGGGUCUUUCUUAAGCAACAGAUAUACAUAAUCCUAUUUGACUGUUUUUGCAAAGCUUAUGCAUUGAGCUGCUGAAUUGUAACAUUUGCUCAUGUCUCGCUGUGGCCUUGUUUACUUGGUGUGUUUCUGACUCUUUCACAGUUGAAUGUGCUGCCUUUUCGUAUCC